CAGGCCCUGCUGGACCCGGCGCCGUCUCCUCCUGCCUGUCACCCGCGGUCGCCUCGGGCGGGGACCGGUGCCCUGGAGCGCAAAGCCUGACGCUCCCCGGUCCCCCCCCUCCCCUCCCCCAUCUCCCACCGCCCAGUCCCCCGGCAGCGAUGAGACAGAGCGGCGCCUCCCAGCCCCUGCUGAUCAACAUGUACCUGCCAGAUCCCGUCGGAGACAGCCUCUUCAAGGAAGGGAAGAGCCCCGGCUGGGGGCCGCUGAGCCCCGCGGUGCAGAAAGGCAGCGGGCAGAUCCAGCUGUGGCAGUUUCUGCUGGAGCUGCUGGCGGACCGCGCGAACGCCGGCUGCAUCGCGUGGGAGGGCGGCCACGGCGAGUUCAAGCUCACCGACCCGGACGAGGUGGCGCGGCGCUGGGGCGAGCGCAAGAGCAAGCCCAACAUGAACUACGACAAGCUGAGCCGCGCGCUGCGCUACUACUACGACAAGAACAUCAUGAGCAAGGUGCACGGCAAGCGCUACGCCUACCGCUUCGACUUCCAGGGCCUGGCGCAGGCCUGCCAGCCGCCGCCCGCGCACGCCCACGCCGCGGCCGCCGCCGCCGCCGCGGCCGCCGCCGCCCAGGACGGGGCGCUCUACAAGCUGCCCGCCGGCCUCGCCCCGCUGCCCUUCCCCGGCCUCUCCAAACUCAACCUCAUGGCCGCCUCGGCCGGCGUCGCGCCCGCCGGCUUCUCCUACUGGCCGGGGCCGGGCCCCGCCGCCACCGCCGCCGCCACCGCCGCUCUCUAUCCGAGCCCGGGCUUGCAGCCGCCGCCCGGGCCCUUCGGCGCCGUGGCGGCCGCCUCGCACUUGGGGGGCCAUUACCACUAG